AUGCCCUAUCUGAGGCUUCCUGACUCAGGAGAGCAAAGUCCACAAGAUUUCCACCGAGAUGUGCUGAGCAAAGGCCGGAGCCCCAGAAGAAAACAAGUGUAGACUCUGAGCAAAGCUGCCCUCAUCCUGAGCGUGAGCUCGCUGCCCCUGGGGUCUGGGUGAUUGGCAAUGAGCCUUGUGAUGUCAGCAUUCAUGAGGGAGCUCCCCGGCUUGUUCCUGCUUGCUGGGGUCUUCCUACCUGUGACCUUGCUGCUGCUUCUUCUCAUCGCCUACUUCAGGAUCAAACUGAUGGAGGUUAACGAAGAACUGUCGCAGAGCCCCCAUCACCAGCAGAAACGCAAGGCUGGCUCUUACCUGUACCAGCGGACAAAAAGAACGUGA